AUGGAAAGUGAAUUGGUAUUCCACAGUGGAGAGGAAAGUGGUGGUUCAGGAAAAGAGGUUAUCUUGUCAACACAUUACAUAAGGAGGAACUAUAAAUUUCUGAAAAAACAAAUGGAACCAGAUAACUUAGUAGACUAUCUAGUACAGCACAAGAUUUUGACAGAAGAAGAGGAUUCGCGUCUCAUUGGAAAAAAACUACCUCGAGCAAAAAAAUGCGACUUUGUUUUACGUAAAUUGCUACGACAUCCAGGUCAUUUAACAGAAUUAACAACAAUGAUAAAACGCUAUUCCAAAGAGAAAAGAUUUCAUUGUUUUCUUUCUCUUCCACGUUCUGAAACAACCGCAAAUGAAAAUGUUAACACUGUUGAAAACGUUCCAAGCUCCACAUGUUUGAACGAAGUUUUGAGAAGAAACAGGCAUGAGCUUAUGAACGAAAUUAUGUCGAGGAUAUCGGAUAGAAGUGACAGCAUUGUUGACGAUUUCUUAGAGGAAGAUGUUCUAUCUGUGGAUGACCAUGAAGAAGUAUCGGCAGAGAUAAAGAAAUCCAAGGUGGCCAAUUUUCUUCUCGACAGCGUAAGCAAUCAAUUACCAGGGUCAUACCUUAAAUUGCUUUCCAUUCUGAAAAUGCAUGAACUGAACGAUCUUACAAGCCGUCUUUUGAAUGACAUUGACAAGACUGCCUUGAGGGGAGAAACUAG